AUGAUUACCGCAUUCUUCGUCUCCCCUCUUCCAGCUGACCCGGCCCAGUGUCGCUUUGAUACACAUUCUCUGAGCUUUCCCAUCCGCUUUGGCUGGCCUUCGGCCUCUGCCAACAUGGGGGUGCCCUCCUGGCUGACUAGUGUCUUCUGUAUGGGGCCAUGUGCGGGCUUGACCUGUUACGGUGGCCGCGGCCGUCGAACUGUAGAACCUACUACCGGAAGCCUCGAGCAACAGCCCCACCGGGUGGAGGUUGAUUGUGCCUCGGGCUGCUCUGGCGGUCAUCUAUUCGCAGGAUUGGUUGUCACGAGAUUCGCCAGUUGGUACCUCGGCGUCGUGAGUUUCCCUCGUCAGACGAAGAGGAGCCAGAACAGACCUGCUAGCAACUCGUCCGGUGCCGUCAGUAGCCUUCUCUCGAGUAGAACAGUGCUCGAGAUUGCCAAUACUUGGCUGCUUAAGGCGAUGCAGGGUCUAGUAGAAGUGGUUUUACAUUGUUCUCACAAGUUGGUCAUGUCAUUAGAGCUAACUUAG